AUGUCGAGUCCGAAAAAUGGGGGCCGCGGUCAGUAAAAUGAAGGAGUGGGAUAAGUGGAAUUGGCUAUAGCCUAUAUCCUUUUCGCGCUUGUUUAUAGGGGGCUGCUACCUACCGUUGGCCAUGACACUUUAAAUCCCACAAUACAAUAUAACCAUGGCCUCAAUGAACUUCGACUGCGAUAUCACGUGUUCCGCAACGAGACAUCAACAAUCACAAACGCGUAGACUAGUCAAGGGAGAAUUCGACGCAGGACCGGCCAAGUGCAGAUACAACUCGGGUGUACUUGUGGGUGACUGGUUCGAGAGACGCGCAAAUUACGAACCACCUGAGGAUGACUGGUACACCGUUUACGACGAGGCCUAUACCUGCAAGUUCAACAGUAACCUGCUGGAUGACAAGACCGCUGCGAAGGACAACAAGAUCAAGGCCGAACGAGGACUGGGAGGAGAGUUCUUGAUCAAUCAUCACGGCAAAUCUUUCCACGGCAACUAUACGACCACGAACGAUUUGUUUUUCCGGGUCAUUCCGCGGGGAGUAUGCGGACCGCGAACUCGAGCCUACAGCUCAAGGAAAGAUAGGUGGCUGCCGGAAAUCGAUUUGACGAAGAAUUUCGGCAACUUGACUAAAUACGAUCAAGAGGAAAGUUGUAAGAGGUUCGAACCACCGGGUCCCGUAAAGAGGUUUCUCAAGCCCAAAGGAAUAACAGAUGAGUCUUACCUACUUUGCCACUUGGACAUAGAUCCUAGUCUUCCCUUUCGUCCGCAUUUGAUAAAAACGAAAGAUUAAAUUAUAAAAGACAAUGAAAAGGCGGCGGUUCUUGUCGUAAAUUAAUUUUUAAUUCAAUGGUAGUAAGUAAUACAAUUUAUAGCGCUCCAUAGCUACAGCCUCUCUACACCCUGCAUGUACAAUCUAAAUAUAGCUAUAUCCUAGAUAAUUCAUAGCGUCGCUUAACUCGAUUUUCAUCAUAUUCUCUCUUAUUUCAUUUUCGAGCUUCGAAGGAGGUUUAUUUCAUUACAAAAGUUCUCAUCAACAUCAUUCCAAAGCAAUCAAAUGUAUUCUCUUCUCAACGCAAUUAUACAUUAAUAAUAAUAAUAAUAAUAAUAAUAAUAAUCAUGUACGGUUAAUAAUAGUAAAUCAAUACACCAUCAAAAGCAACGCUUAGACUUAUAACGACAAAUGCCGAUUUCAAAAUUAAGAGGAAACCUCCUUCACCCUUUCACAUCACAAUCUUUUAUUCACUGAUAUAAGUACAGCGAGUUCAGCAAUGCGUGUUAUGACUUUCUAGAAUGUUUCGCGUGUGUGUUUUGUGUGAUUCCUUUUUAUUUAUGAAAAAUAAUCGCAAUUCUUUUUCUCUCUCAGCACUCUCACUCUCAAACUUUACUCUCGAAAGAAAAAAUCAGCGGAGAGAUAGCUCGCUGUCAAAUUACCGCAAGUCUCGGCGAGUAGGAGAUUCUUCAUUGAGACAUUUUUCGAGAGAACGUGAUCUGCUCGACUUGUUGAAGCUUCGGCAAUCCUCGAGAAAGUGUGUGCAGACAUAUUUUUCAACUAGAUUUGUACAGAUAUAAGAGCGUUAUAAAAUUUAAGUUGUAUAGAAAAUAUCUCAUCGUUAUAUAGUCUUCUCAAAAUCUUCUCAAAAUUAGUCUUAUAUAAUCGUUUAGAAACGUAAAAUGCAACAUGAAGUUUUAAGAUCACACGUUCUCCUUACGUUCGAGAACAAAAAUAAAAAGUUCCAAAAUAAA